CCCAUGGUCAACCUCCGCCAGGGGACGUUGCUAGGGAUAAAACUGUAUACGGAAUCGAAAGCUGGGAUCAUUGCCUACCUAGGGGUUCCUUAUGCUCAGCCACCAGUGGGCGAACUCAGAUUUUCUCCUCCAGAACGACAUGUAGGAUGGGACAGGUCAUUGUUCGCAGGAAGCUUCCAGUCAAUCUGUCCGCAGCCAAUCAACAAGCUAGUGCCGAGUAUGGGUGGACUCACGAGACAGGACGAGGACUGUCUUUAUCUCAACAUUUGGACCACUGACCUUGCUAUGAACUACCGCAACGCUCCGGUGGUUGUGUUUUUCGAGGGGGAGGGAUUUGUUGCCGGAGCUCCAUCUCGUUUCCCCGCACAAGAUCUGGCAGCUGAAGGAUUGGUUGUGGUGUCAGUAGCUUAUCGCCUCAAUGUGUUUGGUUUCUUCUGUCUGGAAGAUCUAGAGGCCCGAGGUAACCUGGGUCUUUUGGACCAAUACCUUGCUCUCAUCUGGGUACACGAGAACAUUGCUGCGUUUGGAGGAGACCCUCGUAGCGUCACACUCAUGGGUCACUCAGCCGGAGCAACUAGUGUCGUCUAUCACAUGAUCUCUCCACGAACAGCAAACCUGUUCCACAGAGCAAUAGUGAUGUCAGGUAGUGUUAUGUCACCUUGGUCACAUGCUCAUCGCCCUGCCAACGCCUCACGGGCCGUGGCUCGCAGUCUGGGGUGCCUCUCUGUCAACCAAACCCAUCAGAUAUUGAGCUGUCUCCGCAACAAGUCUGCCACUGAGAUAUUGCGUGCGUUCGAGACACAAUAUAUGGAGGGAAACUGGACAAACACCAUUUUACCUGUGAGUGAUGACUUCUUGCCAGACAUAGAGCAAUAUCUGCCAAAGACACCACUGGAAGCCUUGACUGAAGGGUCCUUCCUCAAGAUACCAGUGCUGACAGGGGUAACCAGCCACGAGGGAGUGGUGGCCAUUUCCCACUGGGGAGGGGAUCUGGAGACUCAAGGUUAUUCUCAGCUUCUUCAGCUGUUCUCCAACUCAGUUCUGCCAAUGGUGAUGUCUCGAUACGGUUUCCACAGCCAGCAGAGUCGAGCAGAGAUCUUGUCUAUACUGAGGUGGCAGUACAUUGACCCUGUGAGACCAGGUGACACAGCUGGACUUAUCGCAAUGCUUACUGAUUUCUAUACAGACGCUCAGUUCAAGGCACCGCACCUCCAACAACUACGACUGCUGGCAAAGACCGAUAUUCCUGUGUACGCCUACCAGUUCGAGCAAGGGGGUAUCGACCUAUACGGCAAAAACUUCAACAUUUCCGGAGCUGGACAUGGGGCUGAGAUGGUGUUUAUCUUUGGACCAACGUUGAUCCAGAGUGCUCUUGGUCGUAGAUUCAACUCUGUAGAAGAGAGGCUAAGCAUUGCGAUCAAGAGAAUCUGGGCCGAGUUCAUAAGACAAGGGAGUUUGGGCUCAAACCCAUAUGGGUAUGGUGUUUCUUGGCGUAAAUACUCAGCGGAAGAGGACAACUACAUUAUCUUAAAGGCAGUGACGUCUUUGCAGCCAAUAGACCGUUCACAACAAGAGGUAGAUGUGAUGAGUCGAUAUAGGAUCAGUCUGUGGAAUGAACUGCUGCCGAAGAUAAGAAACAUAACCAUCACCCCCGUCCCAUCUGUCAAGAAUGGAGUAAAAGGGAUGCAGCUGACAACAGACCAGCCAUACCGAAGUGCCAUGUACACAUUGAUUGGAUUCGUGAUUGUGCUUCUCAUUCUGCUGAUAGUAUGUGUCAUCUUGCUGAAACGAAGAGCGAAGGAACGAGAACGAGAUCUGUUCUGACGGUCAAGCGACAGGCAAAGCGGAGUAGGAAGAGAUAACGAACCGAACGAACCAGAAUCUCUAACUCCUCCACCCCCUCCCCCCCACUCCUGGCGAUACAACCUCACCACCAACAAACUGUGAUAAAGUACUAACCUUAGAAAAACCAACUUUUGGAUACUAGAGUACAGUUGGUAUUCUAUCGGUAAUAAUCAGUUAUAGUUCAUUUUCGUUCAUAUAGUAAAGUUGACUUUUGGACUC